GUCAGGAGUAUCCCGCACUGUUGAACGAAGGGCGUGCAGGCCUCGUCGGCCGUGGUUCAUUAAAUCUCCCACAUACAGAACGUGGAAGGUUAAAAUAAGUCACCUGAGAUAAUCCAAAGGAGAUAAUCCACAUGGUAUAAAUCUUCCGUGGCCUCAGGCUCUGUCGGAUUCAAGCCAGGCUAUGUGAUCGCGAGUGUUCACUGUCUGUGGAAACGGAACGUUCAGUGUGGAAGGAUGUCUCGCUUGGGAGGAACGCUGGUGCUUUUCUGCUUUCAUUUGUUUACCCUGAUAUUCAGUGCCACUGAAUUCAGCAACAGCUCGUGGAGGAAGGAGCGGGACCUCAUCAACACACUGCUAGACACUGGCCGAUACGAUGCCAGCAUCCAGCCGUCCUCGCUUACCGGGGUACCUACAAAAGUUGAAAUAGACCUCGUGCUGAAUUCGGUCGGACCUGUUGACGAUAUUGAUAUGGUUUUCCGCGCCAGUUUUUUUCUCCGACAACAAUGGAUAGACCCACGUCUAAAAUUCAACGAGUUCAAUCACAGCAUCGUUCUGAGUGAGAAGCGACUCUCGCUGAUGUGGGUACCGGAUGUUUUCUUCCCAGAGUCUACCGAGGAGACUCGCCACAUCAUCACGACGCCAAACGUUCUCAUUCGUCUACAUCCAGAUGGUUCCAUCCUUUACAGCCAGAGGUUAUCAGUGACGAUGCAGUGUCGGAUGGACCUGGGCAAGUUUCCCCUGGACCAGCAAGUGUGUGGCAUCAAGAUGGAGAGUUAUGGCUACACUACCGACGAUGUAUAUUUCACAUGGUCAUCUGAACGGAAAUCCACCAGUGUCAUGCCAAACGCCUACAUCCCCGACUUCACCCUCACCAACGUCUCGGCACACGACUGCACGGCUAAAUAUGAAACAGGUAGUUUCACGUGUAUUGAGGCGAAACUGGAUUUGAAACGAGAGAUCGGUUUCUACGCCACACAGACCUACAUCCCAAGCAUCCUCAUCGUCGUCCUGUCCUGGGCCUCGUUCUGGAUAGACCACGAGGCAGUUCCCGCCAGGAUCUCAGUUGGGCUCCUCACAGUGCUCACCAUCACUGCUCAGAGUUCUGGUGCGCGGUCACAACUUCCCAGGGUUCCAUACGUGAAGGGCAUCGACGUGUGGAUGACGUCGUGCCUGGUGUUUGUGUUUGCAGCCUACAUGGAGUAUGCUGUCGUCACGGUGCUGUCUAGAAGAUACCGGAAACGGAAGGCGAAACAAGUCCUAAAAAAUAAUUCCAAAGCGACCAUGGCUACAGUUUCUGACGUGGACGUGACCAUCAGUGACCAGGUCAAGGAAACUAAGGACACUGGCAGCUUCGUAGACAAAUUGUCCCGAUACCUCUUCCCAUUGUCGUUCCUUAUCUUUAACAUUGGCUACUGGGUUUAUUAUAUAUACAUCGCUUAGUUUCCAAAUCAGGGGGCGGUGGGGUAGCCUAGUGGUUAAAGCGUUUGCUCGUCACGCCGAAGAUCCGGGUUCGAUUCCCAACGUGGGUACAAUGUGUGAAAUCCAGUUCUGGUGUCCCCCGCCGUGAUGUUGCUGGAAUAUUGCUACAAUAACUCCAAUUCAAGCGUUCAAAGUCAUAAAUUUGAGAAGGGUGGAACCGUCGUCUAAAGAUCGCUGUGCAGAGUUGCCUCCCUUGGGCUAAACAGUUGCCCUCCAAUAUUAGUGGCCGUGAAUUCCUGCUUCGAUCUGUAUAUGUUGUUACGUUUGACAGCACCGUGCUCGUGGGAUUUACCAAACUGGUAAACGACCGAGACUUGCAUCCUUUCUCGCUUUUCUCCCACGACAAGCUGACAUCCUCUGCUGUAACUGAAAAAUGUACAGAGCACAGUUAACCAAAACUCAAACUCACUCACUCAUCAUAUACACUAAACGCCAAAAGAAACGUUACCCUCCUACCUUUAUGAA